CAAGCGAGUGACGGGAGUCGUGCGAAUUCAACUGUCUCUCGUCCUAAAAUGGCUGCAUCCUCUGAGAUUUUACUUUUAAAAUGCGCUAAGUUUAGGGAUGAGGGUCAAUUCAUCGACGUUCGAUUAAAAGUCAACGACGAAGUUUUUACAGCUCAUCGAAUCGUGCUGGCUGCGAGUAGCGAUUAUUUCUACGCCAUGUUUACGAACGGAAUGAAGGAGUCCAACCAAGAAAUGAUCGAAUUGAAGGACGAAAGCAUCACGUCAAAUGCUCUAAAGAUCAUCUUAGACUCCAUCUACACUGAAGAUCUCCAUGUCACCGAGGAAAACGUGUUCGAUGUACUCGCUGCAGCAUUUCACCUUCAAGUGACGAGUGUUGUACAACAAUGUAGCGAUUUCCUGAUGAAGGAAUUUGUUCAGCUCCGACUGGACUUGCAGAAUUACCGUCUGCUCUGCACAGUUGCCGACAGACACGGUAUGAAAGAUCUGCGAGAGACGGCCGAGAGCAAGAUGGCAUUAAAGUUUAAGGAUAUCUGUGAAAGCGAAGAAUUUUUGUCCAUCAUACAACCCGACCAGUUAGUCAACCUUCUCAGCCGAGAUGACCUCAGCGCACCGUCUGAGACAUUCGUCUUCAAAUCAGUGAUGCAGUGGAUUAAACACAAGAAGGAGGAGAGGAUGGCAGUUGCGGCCAAAGUUAUUGGGGCUGUUCGUUUGGGUCUGGUGGACAUCAGAGUUGUGAUUGAAGAACUGGAUACAGAAGAGAUGCAGAGAAAUCCUGAGAUCCACAGGCAGCUACAUGAGACGUCCUUGUAUAACAACAUGCCUUCUCGCAAUUCGAAGUUUGCAGAGGAAAGAACUAAACCGAGAUCAGCAAGCCAGGCUCUGAUUGCAGUUCUGCCUCGAACUCAAAUGAAAUAUUUUGAUUUCGAAAACAAAACAUGGAAAACUUUACCAGCAUCAAUACCGUCAAUUAAAUCAACUCGUUGCCAUUCUGCAGUCUCUGUUGGGAACACCCUAUUUGUUACUGGAGAAACACCAGAUGGUAACAAUUCCCUUUUUCGCUACGACACUGAGAGUAAUGCAUGGGAUAUGAAGCAACAUUCGUGCGGUGGAUCAAUUGACAAUUUAUGUAUCAUGGAUGACUAUGUAUAUGUCAUUAGCUCUAAUUCAUGUCAGGUUCCUCAAAGAUACAACAUGGCUAAAAGGUUAUGGCAAAGUAUUUCUAAUGUAGGUAAACCGAGCUGUUUCCUUUUAGCCUGCAAUAAUGGGGUUAUAGUUCACGCAAAAGUGUUUGUUCUUUAUAGUAACAUGUUCGAUCACAAUGGAUACAAUCAACCAGCAGUACUUCAAUGUUUCGACCCAACUAAAAAUGAAUGGAGUGAAAAGGCCAAAACCUGCCAUCCUCAUUUUGGAUCCACUCUUUUUUUAGUGAAUGACAAACUUUUUAUAGCUGGGGGUCGUAUGGGAUUUAACAAUUUUCCAUGUGGCAGCCCCGCGCCUGUGGAAGUGUAUAACGAAGACGCCAACACUUGGUCUGUUGUUGAGCAAAAACGUAUUCCUGUCAACAAUCUAAAUGCAGUGGAAAUAGAAGGGAGGGUAUAUUUUAUCAUCAACAAAUUUCCAGUUGACAGUGGGAUUAGAAUUCCACUAGGGGAGUUGUAUCCUGUUCCGCUGGGUGAGUGGGAAGAUUUAGGAAAAAUUGAACAAUCUGCAGUUCUUUGCCAUUUGCCUCUGAAGAGAGAAUGUAUAAAAACUGAAUGACCUCAUUCGCCUUUCUUAUUUCAAAGGAGCCAAGAGAUAAGGAACUGUGAAAGGGUAAAUAAACAGCUGCUGUAACCUUCUAAGCAUGCCCAGAAAACUAGUUGGUUGGUAUUGCUUGUACUUUAGCGAUCUAACUUGAAAACAGUGUCUAUCAUGUUUACUGAGAAGUGAGAGUGAAUCUUAAAACGUUCAGUACAGUCCAUUUAAAUUGUAAGAAGUAAUAACCAUACAAAAACUAUGAAGGUGUAAAAUAAACGCCGAAUUCGUAAAUUGUAGAAGUCGCAGAACGUUUUAGGAAGUUCGUAUAUACUAAAUUGAAGGAAGUUAUAAUCUAUGAGUUCGUUCUUAGUUUCCUGGGAGUGUCAGCUGCAAAUGUGUAUGUAUCGGUUGAUUUCAAUUCGAUGUAGGGUAGAGUAGGUGAUAAUAAUAGACUUAUAUAAAACCUUGAAUAUUGUAUCCAACCUUU